AUGUUUGUUGUUUACAGCUCGCCCUGUCCUCCCCAGCUCCUCCACACGGGGGCGCUCGGGCUCCCUCUGAAGCCGCUGUCUGUAGAACGAGAUGUCGAUAAGCUCAACAUAGACAGUAUCAUCCAGCGCCUUUUAGAAGUGCGAGGGGCCAAACCAGGGAAGAACGUGCAGCUUCAGGAGAGCGAGAUCCGUGGUUUGUGUCUGAAGUCCAGGGAGAUCUUCCUCAGUCAGCCCAUCCUGCUGGAGCUGGAGGCCCCUCUCAAGAUCUGCGGAGACAUCCACGGCCAGUACUAUGACCUCCUGAGGCUGUUUGAAUACGGUGGCUUUCCUCCUGAGAGUAACUACCUGUUCCUGGGCGACUACGUGGACCGAGGGAAGCAGUCCCUGGAGACCAUCUGUCUGCUGCUCGCCUACAAGAUCAAGUACCCUGAGAACUUCUUCCUGCUGCGCGGGAAUCAUGAGUGCGCCUCCAUCAACAGAAUAUAUGGCUUUUAUGAUGAGUGUAAAAGAAGAUAUAACAUCAAACUCUGGAAGACCUUCACAGAUUGUUUUAACUGCCUCCCAAUCGCUGCGAUUGUGGAUGAGAAGAUUUUCUGCUGCCAUGGAGGUCUGUCCCCCGACCUUCAGUCCAUGGAGCAGAUCCGCCGCAUCAUGCGUCCCACUGACGUCCCGGACCAGGGGCUGCUGUGCGACCUGCUCUGGUCUGACCCGGAUAAAGACGUCCUGGGCUGGGGAGAGAACGACCGGGGCGUCUCCUUCACUUUUGGCUCCGAGGUCGUGGCCAAGUUCCUGCACAAACACGACCUGGAUCUGAUUUGCCGCGCCCACCAGGUCGUUGAAGAUGGAUACGAGUUCUUUGCAAAGCGACAGCUGGUGACUUUGUUCUCGGCUCCAAACUACUGUGGAGAGUUUGACAACGCAGGUGCCAUGAUGAGUGUGGACGACACUCUGAUGUGCUCUUUUCAGAUUUUGAAACCAGCCGAAAAGAAGAAGCCAAACGGCAGCCGCCCGGUGACUCCUCCUCGCAACAUGGUCACAAAACAGGCCAAAAAAUGA